AUGGAUGAAGAUGUCCCGGAGGGGUCCUUAGACCUCGGAGACUUUGGAGAUGAUGGGGCCUUGGAUCUUGGAAAUGGAGAUGACGUUCCCAUUGCUGUGGAUGUCGACGAAAAGGGGCCAACCAGGUUCCAAAUGAUCGAGUAUAUGAACCAGCGUGAGUGGUGGCAGCGAAGCCAGCAAACGCUCUCUUUCACGGGAGUCUUGUGGGCGAUUUUUGCCUACUUGGCUGUCGUACGGUCAGGUGUGACUAGACAGUAUGAAGUCCAAGAAGCCUUGGUGAACUACGUGGAAUCCAUCAUUUCUCAUCCGGGUGUCUCUGGACUUCGGCUUCGGACACCUGGCGAGACUGGGAUGCCAUGUCGCUGUGGUUGUCGUCACAUUGGGGGACUGCCCGAAAGUUCGUGUAGUGACGAUGGGCAGACCGAGAGCUUUCAAUUUUUAGGGCGAUUGCCCGGUGGGACGGCUGAAAGCCUCGUUGCUGCAACAGGUGGUUUCUACCCUCCAGGUUCCCAAGACAUGGAGGCAAUGACCUGGAAUCGAAUUCGUUCUGGCGAGGAUGUCAUGGUUUGGCUGGAGCAUGGUUUCUUGCCAAACGUUUGGGGCACCGUUGCUGGGAAAGUGAUCCGAAGACCAGGUUUAAUUCUCAACCGGAAUCUGGUGGUCGGUGGAGUGCGUGGCCGCCAACGGCGUGCCAACUUGGGCUCCUGCAAUUUGCUUGAUGCUUUGGAGGCAUGGUACACCAUAGAAUGUAGACAGCCUCAUGGCUUAGCUUCAGAAGACUUUGGCCCAUUGACCAGUGUCAAUCUCAGUGUCAUCGAUGAAAUGCCUAUGGCCGCGCAGUAUGCCUAUGCAUCCAGAGACGGCUUUUAUGAUGCGCAUUUUGAUGUUGAGAGGCCACUGAGAGAUGCGCUGGAAACUGCCACUUAUUUGCGUCGCAACAACUGGCUAACUUCCGCUACAACAUCCUUGGAGCUAGAAGCUCUUAUGCUAAAUGGGGAGAGUGGGAACUUUGCAAUUUUGAGCAUUACCUUUGAAUGGCUUUACGAUGGGGCUGUGACAAAACGCGUUAGAAGUCAUGUCUUCAGGGCCGUGCCAGGGAUGCUUUCUGUGAUGGACUAUUUGCCUGAGAUUUGCUGGUUGGGCCUCAUUUUAGUGCUCUUAAACCAAGAGCUCUGGGAAGUUCUCAGAAUGACUAUGAAGCGAGAGCUUCGAGUCUAUUUCUCGAGCUUCUGGAAUUUGGUGGACUGGGUCUCAAUUGCAGUUGGCAUUGCCAUUGCAGUCUAUUCGCUAUGGAUACAGGAGUUCACAGCAGUUCUCGCUUCAUCAGUGUCCCAGCUGCCACGAGCUCCAUUAGCUGAUGACUUGGAUGGUGUUUCCUAUCAGCGUACGUGGUCCAAGAAUAUUGACGACGCACACUCUAUUGUGGUAAUGCGCGGCUGGUUCCAAUUGAGUCUUUUUUGGUAUUCUUCCAUCAUCACAGCCAGAAUGCUGAAAGCGUCUCUUGGACAAGCAAAGCUGGCAAUGAUCCAGAUCACCUUGGCCGGUGGUUUCUGGGAUGUGAUGCAUCUCAUGUUGAUCUUCCUGGUGGUUUUCAACAACUUUGCUGUGGGCGGAAAAAUCCUUUUUGGACCAGAGUUGGAAGGCUGGUCCACGUACCCGCAGUGUUGUGCAAGUGCAGUGCUCUUGAUGAUGGGGUCAGCCAAGUUUGACGAGCUCUUUGAGGUCGCACCCAUCUCCGCGACCAUUUGGUAUUGGUUGUUCAUUUUGAUGAUGAUGUUCUUGAUGUUGAAUCUUUUGACGGUCAUCAUCGUUGAGCACUUUUGCCAGACCAGAAACACGUGUGGUGACACUGCAGGUAUCCUGCGGGAUUUGAAAUUGGCUUGGCGUGACCUCCUGUUUAGGCUUGAGUGGCGGCGAGACCAAUUCAGGGAGGGUGAGUACAAGGCGUGCUUCCUGAGCAAUCCCUAUGAUGGCUUGACAGAGGGGCUGCUACAGAAUGCCAAGGCCUCAGAGGAAAUGGAGCGAGCUGCUGCCAAGAAUUGCCUGGGUUUGAAGCUAAACAGAAAGAAGAUCGAGGAUUUGAGUGUUGAGGCUCCGUCUGCGGAGGCGAAUCCCGGCUUUGGUAUUGUGAAGAAUUUAGAGCUGAGGAAAAUUGCAUGUGACGCAGCAACAGCACAAUUCUUGUUGGAUGGGUGCGAUGAAUUCAUUGCAUCUGAGAAGAGCCAAGCUCAUUUGGGUGUUUUGAACCAGGUUCGAAGCUUCGUGAAAUUGCUGAAGCAAAGUAAAGAGCAACUUGAUUCGCAUUGUCAAUUGAUGGAGGAGGGCAUUGUCGAAGAUCAGGAAGAGCUUGAGCUCAUUUUGACCCGCUUGGAGGACUCCGUGCAGAUGGCCUUUGACGGCUUUCAAGAGUUGGCAGCCACGGGAAUUGACACAUUGGCUCCACCAGCCUUGGGCCAGGGUGGAGAGAUGAAAGCCAUUCUGCAUGAGAAAGCAGGUGAUUCCCAUCUGAGAUCUACAGCUGGCACUUCCGAUUUCCCAGCCCCUGGUGCCAACUGA